UAAUCACAAAGGUCGACAGUCAUCUACUGCUUAACCUCCCACUUCACAGAUUGGGAUUCACGAUGGGUCCCGCUGUAAUCGAACAAUGUAAACAUGCCACCUGGCCGGGACCCUUGAGCGUUGUCGCCUCUCUUACAUCGGGAAGUUUUCCCCGGAUCUUGAGUCCCGCCAUUUUAUACAACCAUGGCGGUAAUAUCGGAGCAGAGCAGCCGUGGCUCAGUGGCAAAGAAGCGAACCGCCCCGCUCUCUGGGUGGAGUGUACUGCACUCCCCCUCCAUCGUUGCCACGGGCUGUGGUUCUCACUAGGCCUCCUUGUUCCUCUCUUUCUUGCCUUGUCUUCCCCUCCGUUCUCCUUCAAAUGCGACGCUUUUAGCGAACACAGCAUGGCCGAAUGCGACCGAUCCGCCGCCGCCAGAUUCCGCCCCUGGCCGCCCUUCUCUGCCGCGACGCUCCGCCGCAAGCUCCUCGACGCCGUGGCCUGCGGCGCCUCCGGCCACCGCCGCGGCCGGAAGGAAGACCUCUGCUCGCUUGCUUCCCGCCCGACUACGAGGCGGCUGGAGGAGUUGAUGAGGGCCGAGGAGCCGGAAAGUUGCUCCGACCGGGGGGCGGAGGCGGAAACGAGGCGAAAGAUCGGAGCUUUCGAGGAGCUCCAGCGCGCGGCGGGGUUGCUUCAGCUUGGUGACGGCGACGGGGAGCUGGACCGGCGGAAAGAAGCGGCGGCCGAGGUCAGGAGGCUUGCUAAGGACGACCCGGGGGCGAGAAAGACGUUCGCCACGCUUGGGGCGAUCCCUCCUUUGGUCGCCAUGCUCGAUUCGAAGGAUUCCGAGCUCCAUCUCGCCGCGCUCUACGCGCUCCUCAACCUUGGGAUCGGCAACGACUUGUUCUCUGUUGCUGUUGUGGGUGGUGGUGGAUUCGGUUGCAGGAACAAAGCGGCUGCAGUGAAGGCCGGCGCCGUCCACAAGAUGCUGAAUCUGAUCGAAUCGGGGAGUUCCCCAUCGGUUUCGGAAGCCAUCGUGGCCAAUUUCCUCAGCCUCAGCGCUUUGGAUUCCAACAAGCCCGUCGUCGGAGCCUCGGGCGCGAUCCCCUUCCUGAUGUCCGCCUUCAAAAGUGGUAACUCCACGGCGAGGCAGGACGCCUUGCGCGCACUCUUCAACCUGUCCAUCGCUUCCACCAACGCACCCCGCCUCGUCGACGCCGGCCUCGUCCCCGCGCUUUUCGCGUCGAUCGGCGACAUGGAGGUGAGCGAGCGGGCGCUCACGGCGCUCUCCAACCUCGUCGCAACCGGCGAGGGGCGGCGGGCGGUGAGCCGGUGCACCGACGCCGUCCCGACCCUCGUCGACGUCCUUGGGUGGUGCGACGCCGCCGGAUGCCAGGAGAAGGCGGCGCACGUGCUGAUGGUAAUGGCGCACAAGGGUGGGCCAUGCGACCGGGCAGCCAUGGUCGAGGCCGGCGCCGUGUCGGCGCUCCUCGAGCUCACACUCCUGGGCUCUCCCCUCGCCCAGAAGCGAGCUUCCCGCGUCUUGGAGGUCCUGACCGUGGACAAGGGGAAAAAGGUCACCUCAGCAGCCGCUUCCGGCGCUGUGGCGGUGUCGGCGCCUCUCUCCGUGGCCACGGCGGCGGAAGGGAAGGGGGACGACAGGAUGAGCGAGGAAAGGAGAGCGGUGAGGGAAUUGGUCCAGCAGAGUCUCCAUAGCAACAUGAGGAGGAUCACCCGGCGGGCGAAUCUGCCGCAAGACUUUGGGCUGUCGGAAAGGUUCACGGCGCUAACCACCACCUCGGCGACCAAAAGCUUGCCUUUCUAGGAGAAGAAGAAAGCCCUGUACAUGAGGAUCACUAAGGCGAUGAUGAAGGCUUUUUCCUCUGCUUCUCUCUCGUCUUCUCUCCUCUGUUCGGCUAAAAACUACAUCUUUCCUCUGUUCGCAUAAAAACUACAUCUUUUUACUUCCUUUCGUCUUUUCCUCUGCUUCUCUCUUGUCUUCUCUCCUCUGUUCGGAUAAAAACUACAUCUAUUUACUUCCUUUCGUCUUUGCUGCAGGUUUUGGUUAGAUUAUGCUGCACGGUAAACAAGAAAAAAAUUCGAUUUUGGGAUCAUUGACUCCAUCUGUCUCAGAAAGAACCAGUUCUUGGCCUCUCUGAUCUGUUUCCUCUGCUGCAUGGGUAACACGUAGGUGCGACUGAGUUUGACGUUGUCAUCACUGCUCCCAAGACCCUCGUCCCAUAUGCUGUAGACCUUUACACAAAGAAACACGGAAGAGAGUCAGAGGGCUAUCCAACAAGAAGCAUGAAGCUAACAAACAGCUCUACUUAGCUGAAAUUUUAGCUGCUUGUGAAGAAUCUUUGGCAGGAUAGAUUGUUUGUUCACUUCUGAGGAAGAUUUUGGCAUUUUCCAGUAUUUAUGACUGUUUUUGUCAUUUAGUUAAAGAGUCAAAGUCGGUGUGUUGGAGUGCCUUGUUACCUUCACGGUUCUCAGCAUGGCCUCAUUAAGAACAGUAGAUUUCUGCUUGACGAAAGGUGUGGGAAUCUCUGGCAUAAAUGUGUGCCUUGGUUGGUGUAAUGUAUGCAUGGGAAAUGAUAAAAGAUAAAGCACAUCCCUAUUAUUUA